AUGUGCACUGAAGGUCAGUCAGUAAAGUCACCGCAACGAACGCAUUUAAAAGCUCGCCGUCAAAUUGGUGAAGCAAAUGUGGCUGGUUCAAUACUAAAACAGAAACUUCUUCAGUUUGUUGAGGACGCCUCCAGAAUGUGCACUAUCAAACUGAUCAUUCUAGUGUGUUGUUGCUUCGCGCUAGCGCUGGCGGAUAGAGAUCAGCUGUUUAGACUACUACCGGUGCCAAAAUUUGCCGAAGGUGCAAGUCCUAAGGCAAUUAAAGAGCUGCGUGCAAUCUUGCGUGACAUGACUCAAAGUAAACGAAAUCUCAACGAAAGAGUCGCUGAAUGGGCUGACCAACAAGGACCCAAAUUCAGGAAAGCUUAUGAUGAAGCGAUGAAGGACAUGAAGGAACAUGCAAAGGAAGUGUUAAAAAAACUUCCAACGUUGGAUGUCAGCGACGAAAUUAAAGACGUGGUCAAAAAAAUUUUAGAACUCAGAUUGGAUGAUUCGAUAAGUAUUCAUGAAGAAAUGCUGCAAGGGAUAAAGCUAGUACGCCCGCUUUCCUUCAGAGACAUUAUGACCGUGCGAGAAAUUUUGUCACCAUUUGCGACUCCUUAA